CCCGACGUCCUUUGCAUGCAUGGUUUACGGAAGCGUUCGUCGGCGCCGUGCAACCGUUGGCGUCUUCUUGAUUCUAAUAACACUAAUUGUGCUGAAUAUUCUCAAAUAUUGUUGGUUUUAUUUCGUGCUCAGACGAUAAUGAAACCGUCUUUGGAUUCUGAAGAGGAGGAAGAAUUAGGAUCGUUACAGAAGUCACUGAGAGAAAGGGCAAAUCGCAGUAUCCAGCAACUUUCCAGCAUGUUGGCAGACCACAGCUCUGACUCCACAGAGUCUGCCGAAAUAAAGCCAAACCCCUGUCUGCCAGUUCAGCAGAGUGAAGCAGUUAAUCAGCUGCGUUCUUUGCUUCAAAAGCAGUCAAAAGAAGCAAAUGUUCAGUCACCUUCUCCAUCCAAGAGGAAAUUGGUGACAAAGCAAAAAACCUCAGAUGAGGGCAGUCUGCCUGCUGUUCAUGACCUGGUUCCCAUCAUCAACAAUCAAUCUGAAUACAUUCAGCACCUGGAGGCUGAGGUCAAGUUUUGCAAGGAGGAAAUCCUUGGAAUGAAACAGAGAGUGAGAGUGGUGGUGGUGGAGAAUGAGAAACUCCAUGAAGAACUCAAAGCUAAGAUGGUGGAAGACACCCUUAAACAAUAUACACUAUUUGACAGCACGCUAAAUAUUGAGAGCACGCCAGAAAAAUCUCCAAAACCAAGACUCAGUUCUGUUAGUCAUGCUGAGGACCAGAGGUGGAGAAAAGAAAUGGAGCGUCUUAAGUGUCUCUAUCAAGCCCAAACUGAGACCCUGGAAGCUCAAGUGGUCUCUUUAAAGAAAGAGUUGGCAAGCACUCAGAAGGAGUAUGAGGAAACGAAAGAACGACUAAGGCACAAAGAGGUGAUGGUCGAAGCGACAGGCAGCGGUCAGCGUGUUGGUGGUCUGUGUCUAAAGUGUGCUCAACAUGAAGCGGUCCUAGCUGAGACACACUCCAAUGUCCACGUUCAGACCAUUGAAAGACUCACAAAGGAGCGGGAUGAGUUGAUGACCGUCCUGUGCUCAUUGAGGGCGAGUCAGACUGAGGCCCAGCAGAGAGAAUGGGCAGCUUAUCAGCAGGUUAAACAGGCAGUGGAAAUGGCAGAAGAGGCAAACCUAGAAAAGACAAGAGCACUGGUGCAGUGUGAGCACUUUAACAGCGAGCUGACUAGACAGAGAGAGAGGCUGGAAAGAGAGCUGGCUUGUGAACAGGAGAAGAUCUCCCAGGCCAGGGAAGCAGCACGUGCAGAAAGCAGGAAAGAGAAAGAAGAGCUCGCCCAGACUGUGACCAGUCUCUCUCAGAGAGUGGCUGAAUUGGAGGGUCUGCUGGAGAGGGGAGAAAGAGACAGGAAUUCACUUAAUUCCCAACUGGAGGAAGCUUAUAAGAAGCUCACUGAACAGGAAGCAGACGGCAGCAAGGUGUGUGCAGAGUUGCGGUUCUUCUUGACUCAGGCCCAGCUGAAGAAAGAGGAGGCAGAGAGGGAGGUGAGGGACAUCAGCGCCAAACUGGGCCGCCAACUAGAACUGGUCGAACAGGAAGUGCAGAAACUGGGUGUGGAGCUGAGCGGUACCCGGCAGCGUUUGGAGGAGGCCCAGAGGGCAGAAGGCCGAGCCCGGGCGGAGGCAGCCGGCCUGGCCGAGGGGCUAAGCCGCGCCCAGCGCCAACUGCACCUCACCAGGCAAGAGAAGGAGGCGGCUGAGCGCUGCUGUGGCGAGGACAUGGCCGCUCUGACCUUCCAGGCACAGCGGCGCGAACGCGAGCUGACACAGAAGCUUCAGCAAAUGGAAGCGCAGCACGAGAGGAGUGCCAGUGAAACAGACGAUCUGCUGACUGCUCAGAACAGUUUGAUCAGGAAACUAAAGGAGGAAUGUCACACGCUUGGGGCGAAGCUGGAGGAACUGUCCCAGAGUAGCAGGGCGACAAUAGAGCAGUUAUCCCUGGAGAGAGAUCACCUGCAGGAAAACACAGAGAAACUGCGAGGUCGCUGUGAGGAGAUGGAGGAGCAGUGUGUGCAGCACGGGAGGAUGCAUCAGCGUAUGAAACAAAGACUGCAGCAGUUGGAUCAGCACUGUCAGGCCAGUUCACAACAGGUCCUGCAGCUUCUCUACAGACAGAAUCAGCUCAUGCAGGAGCGACAACAGCUCGCCGAAGAGAUGAAGGACCUGAAAGUCCAGAUGCAUAUUGAGAAAAGAGUGGACACACUGGCUGUAUGAAGGCAUGACACUUCAUCUCCAUCACUUCAUUCAUGGACACUUUACUUCUGGAUUACUGUUUACUCACAUCAGUUUAACCACUGCAUGGAUACCAUUAAAAGUUUAGUGCUGCAAAAUACUUAAAAUCUCCAUAGUUAUACAGCUGUUAAAAAAAUAGUUGUUUCAAGUUUAAAAAGUAAGUUUUAAUGCUGCCUUACAUUUAAUUAUAUUUAAAAACUGUAUAUAAAUUUUUUUUUGAGUCAGCAAAUAUUUUUAAGUUUAAUUAACUUCAAAUUUUAAGGCAGCGCAAACACAUUUUUAAACAAAUCUUUUUUACAGUGCAGUUCACUAUUUUUAUUGCGUAAAAGCACAUGAGCCCUUGUCAGACAUUUUAUAUGUUUUCAUUCGUUUUUUAUAGAUAUGGCAAUAGUAUUUGUGCACAUUUAUAAAAGCAUUUUUUUGUUUUUGUGACAGGAAUAUAUAUUUGCUGGUGUGUUUCUAAUUUACACAAUUGUUGUAAAUAAUCAAUAAAUUAUUUCUUAAUA